CAAGAACGCCAGCCACGCAACAAAGGACGCGGUAGCCAUGGCGUCCUCCUCCCGCUCCCACCAAGAAGCGGAGGACGGGGAGCUCCAUGGCGAUCGCAUCACCUCCCCACUCCUGCCGGCGUCGACGUCGCGCAGCUCGCCGGAGCGGGAUGAGGAGGAGGAGGGGGAGAACUCGCCGAUCGAGCAGGUGGCGCUGACGGUGCCGGUGGGCGACGACCCGGACACCCCCGUGCUGACGUUCCGGAUGUGGGUCCUCGGCGUCCUCUCCUGCGCCGUGCUCUCCUUCCUCAACCAGUUCUUCUGGUACCGCAAGGAGCCGCUCACCGUCACCGCCAUCUCCGCCCAGGUCGCCGUCGUGCCGCUCGGCCGGCUCAUGGCGGCCGCGCUGCCGGAGCGCCCCUUCCUCCGUGGCACACACUACGAGUUCACCCUCAACCCGGGCCCGUUCAACGUGAAGGAGCACGUGCUGAUCACCAUCUUCGCCAACGCCGGCGCCGGCACCGUCUACGCCAUCCACGUGGUCACCGCCGUCCGCGUCUUCUGCGGCAAGGACCUCACCUUCUUCGUCUCUCUCCUCGUCGUGCUCACCACCCAGGUGCUCGGGUUCGGGUGGGCGGGCAUAUUCCGGCGGUACCUCGUGGAGCCGGCGAGCAUGUGGUGGCCGUCCAACCUCGUGCAGGUCUCCCUCUUCAGAGGAAAUACUUCGGAGAGUAUUUGCUCCCUCAAACCGGAGGUGUCGCUCGAGCAAUUUAGGACAUGUUGUAUGAAAAUUUCUUUCAUGUGGGCUCUCCAUGAGAAAGAAGGGCGCCGAAAAGGCGGCUUCACGCGCAACCAGUUCUUCCUGGUGGCAUUCGUUUGCAGCUUCGCGUACUACGUCUUCCCGGGCUAUCUGUUCCAGAUGCUCACCUCCCUCUCCUGGAUCUGCUGUGUCUUCCCCCACUCCGUGCUUGCCCAGCAGCUCGGCUCAGGCCUCCAUGGGCUCGGCAUUGGCGCCAUCGGCCUCGACUGGGCGUCCGUCUCUAGCUACCUUGGGAGCCCUCUUGUCAGCCCGUGGUUCGCCACCGUGAAUGUCCCUGCAGGCUUCUUCAUCAUCAUGUACGUAAUCACCCCCAUCGGGUACUGGUUUAACUUCUACAAGGCACAGACCUUCCCCAUCUUCUCUGCCGAUCUCUUCACCUUGACCGGGCAGAAGUACAACAUCUCGGCCAUCGUGGACGACCAUUUCCAUUUCGACAAGGAGGCGUACGAGAGAAACGGGCCACUAUACCUCAGCACUCUCUUGGCAAUCACAUACGGUGUUAGCUUUGCAUCCCUUAGCGCGACGAUUGUUCAUGUUCUUCUGUUCCACGGAAGCGAAAUUUUGCAGUUAAGUAGAUCAACAUUUCGAGGAAAAAGUGUGGACGUACAUACAAAGCUAAUGAGGAGAUAUAAGCAGGUCCCUGAGUGGUGGUUCAUCUGCAUCCUUCUUGUUAGCAUUGCUGCCACUGUAUUUGCUUGCGAGUACUACAUCGAGCAGCUCCAGCUGCCCUGGUGGGGUGUACUGCUUGCAUGCGCCAUUGCCUUUUUCUUCACCCUCCCAAUUGGAAUCAUCACGGCGACAACAAACCAGACCCCAGGAUUGAACAUCGUCACAGAGUACAUCAUUGGGUUCUUGUACCCUGGACGACCCGUCGCGAAUAUGUGCUUUAAGGUUUAUGGGUAUAUCAGCAUGCACCAAGCUCUGAUGUUUCUGCAAGAUUUUAAGUUGGGCCACUAUAUGAAGAUUCCCCCAAGGGCAAUGUUUAUGGCUCAGGUGGUAGGAACAUCGAUUGCGGCAUUUGUGUACCUUGGAACGGCGUGGUGGCUUAUGGACACAAUCCCCAACAUCUGCAACAUCGAGCUUCUCUCAGCGGACAGCCCUUGGACAUGCCCCGCCGAUCAUGUGUUCUAUGAUGCAUCGGUCAUAUGGGGUCUUAUUGGCCCACGCAGAAUAUUCGGGGCCUUGGGAACUUACUCGGCAGUGAACUGGUUCUUCUUGGGAGGUGCUAUUGCUCCUCCCUUGGUAUGGUUUGCACACAAGGCAUUCCCGGGCCAGAACUGGAUCUUACUCAUCAACAUGCCUGUGAUGAUCGGUUGCACCGUCAAGAUGCCGCCUGCCACCGCUGUAAACUACACCACAUGGAUACUUGUUGGGUUUUUGUCAGGUUAUGUGGUCUAUAGAUAUCGACGAGACUGGUGGGAACGACACAAUUAUCUGCUCUCAGGUGCACUAGAUGCAGGUUUGGCGUUCAUGGCUGUCUUAAUUUACUUGUGCCUAGGCUUGGAGAACAUCAGUUUGAAUUGGUGGGGCAAUGACUUGGAUGGAUGUCCGCUGGCUUCUUGCCCCACUGCUAAAGGUAUAGUUGUCAAGGGGUGCCCUGUGUACAACUGAACAUUUUUCUCAGGUCCCUGAUUUUUUCCGGAAGUGAGCAAGCAUGCAUUGAUAUGUAAAUAAAAUAUCUUUGUUCCUU